AUGAAGUACAUUUCGGCACUACCGCUGGCAGCCAGUCUCGCUGCUGCUCAAAUGCAGGUCAUGAGUUUGGCACCGCAAGCCUCCGGUCCUAUGGUACAUACGGUACGCAAGCAACUUGAUGCCUCCUGGAUCACAACUAACAACGAUCAGGUUACCGUUGGUGGAUUGAAGGCCGUCGAGACCGGAAUGGCACCAGUAUUAGGAUACUCUCCCGAGUCCAUCACCGCCAACGUAGGCGACAUGGUCCAGUUUGUCUUCAUGCAGAAGAACCACACUGCCACGCAAUCGACAUUCGCCGAACCCUGCAAGGCAAUGGAGGGAGGAAAGGAUUCCGGCUUCAUGCCCAAUGCAGAAGGAAAGGCGGGAGUGACCUGGAACGUGACCGUCGAAACCGCGGACCCGCAAUGUAAGCAACGCACCAUCAAUCACACAUGCAAGCUCGCCGCUAACAAUCGCAAAGGGUUCUACUGCAAGCAAUCCACCCACUGCGGUGUCGGCAUGGUCUUCGCAAUCAACGCUGCCACAACCGGUGACAAGACAAUGGCUGUCUUCAAGAACAACGCCAUCAACAAGAACAGCACCAAAUCCGCAAACCUUGGUCUCGCUCCCAUUCAGUCUGUCAACGCUGGUGCCGCAGCCGCAGCCUCUACCGUGACCGUCGCAGCUGGCGGCGCCGCCGCCGCCACUGGUACGGGAGCCGCCGGCGCAGCUGCAACUGUCGUCGCUGGCCAGGGUACCGACUCCGCCGGUAACGCCUGCGGCUGCCAAUGUCUCUGCGGUGUCAACUCCUUCCCGCAAGCAGCCGCUGUCAACAACUUCGGUGGCUUCGCUGGUAUGCUGCCAUAG